UGGGACCGGGACGUCACCGUCACCAUAGAGACGGCCACAAGGAUACAGUUUCCAAAGGUGAAGAGAAGCUGGGAAUUAGGAAGGAGGAAGUGUUUUCUGCUGCGGGUCUGAGAAAGGGCAGGCUGGCAUGGAGAAAGAGAAGUUCCAGCAGAAGGCUCUGAAGCAAACUAAGCAGAAGAAAUCCAAGUCGGCUGAAUUUCUGAUGGUAAAAGAAGAGAGAGCAGCAGCAGAAGGCAUUGAAAAUCCAGCUUUUAACAUCAGCAGCACAGAUCUUUCAGCAUAUCAGACUUCAGAAGAGAAAGUUAUUAGACAUGACAAGCUAGAUAGCACCCUUGCAGCUCACCAACAAAAACCCAGGCUGCAAGCCCAUGCUGAACCAAGAGGAAAUGAAUACAGCAGAAAUUACUUUGACCCGUUGAUGGAUGAGGAAAUAAACCCAAGGCAGUGUGGGAUGGAGGUCAGUGAAGAAGAUCCAGUGGAAGUUGCUGAGCAAAUCCUGUAUGGUGAACUGAUGAAGUUUCUGGAUGAAGAAAGCAAGAUGGCAAGAUCACAAGCAGCCUAUGUCGUCAGUGAAGAUUUUCCAGACUCCGUGAUGCCUGUCAGCUUCAGUAAGACACGUGACCCUCACAGAGAGGUUGAAGAUGAAGUGAUUCCUUCAUAUAUCGAACAGUUUGAGAGAGAUGUUCAGGAUGACAUAAUUCUGCUUGGCAGCUUUUCACUGGAACAGGACUCUAAGCACCACAAGGAAGUCUCUUGCCACAACAGACAGAAGUUGCAAGCCAGGAUUCAUAAGCUCUUUCAAAGAGCAGAAAGUCAACCACUGAAAGCGGAUGUGAAUGGCUGCAAAGAAGAAAUUAGAGGCAAGUUUGAUAACCUUGCAGAUGCGAGUAACAAACUAAAUGGAGCAGCAGGACAUUGUGGAAAGGUUGACAGCUCCAAGACACCGCAGCCUAUAGAAAUUCACGUCAAAUGCCUGAGGGGAGUCAAAGAUAAGGUACCCAAGGGCCGCUAUUCCCUCAGAGUUUCUGUUCUCGGCCGCUUAGGUGGUGACUUACUAGAGUGGCCCAGACUGAAGGAACAGCCCUGGGCCAGAACAACGCUGCCUGUUAGUCACAACGGAAACUUCUACAACACCGAAAUCUACUUUGGACAAAGCAUCCAAACAGUUCUGCCACCUAGAAAGGCUAUGAAUCCAGGCAUGGUACUACUCUUUGAACUCCUCCUUCUUCGUGGAACUUGGACUUGCAUUGAUCGAGGAGUAGGAUGGGGGGCUUUUCCCUUAUGUGACAACAAUUUUAACACUUUGGAGGGAAAGUUUAAAUGCCCCUUCCUCAGAGGCCCUUAUAAUUCCAAAAUUGACCGAUUCCAAAAAAUUGAAAAUUUUAUUUCUCUGGACUUGGACCACUGGUUAUGCAAUCUCUAUUUUCAGAUAAUUAAACUACCACAGGAUUCAGACAAGCAAAAUGAGCGUGAUAUGCAUCUUCAUCUCCCACCUGAAUUUCUUGCAUCUGCAAGCAUUAUAGAAAAGAAUGGUGUUUCGGAGAAGAAGGUUAAACUGUCUGGACCACGAGGGCAACCUUUGACCUGCCUGAGAGAUCCUGACACUCAUAAGGGAAGUAUUCCCACUGUUGUAGAGGAAGUGGAAAAGCAGUUUAAUGCUGCAAAAAGAGGAGAAGUGUGCGUGUCAGAAGAAGCUGGGAGAAAAAGAGAAGAGCUUAAAAUGCUUCUAGCAGAAGAUGGUUUUUGUCAGGACUGCUGUGGCAGCGCAGAUAACCACUGUGAUUUGUUUCCACUGAAAGAAGAAUGUCGAAUGCAUCAAAAGAUCAACUGGAAUAACCCACCUGAACAAUAUUAUCAAGAGAAAUCAGGUCCUGUGAACAAUGCAAGUACAGAAAAAGGCGAAGCAUCUUCAGAGAACAAUUUUUAUUUGGAGGAGUUAGAGGAAUACACUUUUUCUGUGUGCUGCCGUUCUGCUGUAGAAGUGAGGCUGUCCAAAAGGAUUAUUGAACAUUUCCAUUUUGGGAUAUAUGCAGUCUUCUCAGAACUGGGAACCACACACUGGUGUUCUUGGGACUUCUGGCUGGUUGUGUCGUUGGUAGUCUUACUUUGGUUUGUGAGACUGUAUGUGCAUUAUUGUAGUCAGUGGCUCUUCCUUCAGACCAUCUCAAUUCCUGUUACAAAAUUCCAGUUUUUCCCUCAUACUGUUGAACUGUGCUACCAGAACUCCUUGCUGCAGACCAGUGAAGAGUUGGCCAUGGUUGUGGUGGGACCCCUAACCCUGAACACAGGACUGCUGCUUUUGGUUCUGAUCAGAUGGGGCUGUCAGCAGCUGUUUGAUUCAUUCCCUUCCUUCUUGUCAAAGUUUAUCAUGACUAUGGGACUCUGGACAGUGCUAGACCCCUUGGCGGUGUUUGUAGUGGAUUCAUUCCUGGGGCGACUUGCGAACAGUGUGGAGAAACCCAUUGCCGAUGCUGCAAAGCUCUACUGGGUCUUUCUAAGAGCAGAGGAAUCAGGGAUUCCUGGUGCACUACUCACUGUGAUGCUUUACACAAUUCUGUUCAUCAUUUCAUCGACAGUAUUGUACCUUUACUUUCUAAGGCUACAUAGUGAAGGUUGGCUGUUGGAUGUACUUCGACGUAUUCAUGGUGAGGAAGCUAUGUUCUUCAUUCCAUUGGACUUAGAGAUUUCCAGUCAGGAGCUGAGCUAUAUUAUGAAAAAGGCUGAGCAAUGGAGAGGAAGCAACGGUGAAAGACGGAUGGUGGCAGUGUAUGAUUACAUCUGGAAGGACCAUGCCAGCAAGUCUGGUAUCUCCAGCUGUGACCUCCAGCACCAAGAUGAAAUCUCUGACUCUGCAGCUACCUCCGGAGAUAUCACCGUUCACGUGUCUGUGUACACUAUCCAUCUCAGCGGCUUCCAGGAACUCUACAGACAUUUCCUGAGACUACCUGAUGGGGCUAUCAUUGAGGCAUUUGGUGAUAUUAGUGGAGUAAGUCUUUUGUGUAAUGAAAUGAGCACAGCCGAGGAGCAUGUAAGUGAAACAGACAGCGUGCUGCCUACAUCUUCACAUAUCAAGCUGAGGGAAAGGAAGAAGAGUACAGCAAGGUGGAAAGGGAAUCACGUUGUCUCCAACAAGAGCUAAUUCCAAGAGGAGUGCGUAGUUCACAGAUUUGUUUGCAUCCUGAUUCGUGUCCGUGUUAUGAUUACUGUCUGACAGGAUUUACAGUUCUGAUGCUCACACCUCUGCGUGCACAGUGUUGGGGACAGUGUUGUCCUGCAAAUGCUUCAUGCAUAUCUCUUCUCUGACUUCAACAAGCGCUUCAGUGUGGGGUCCUUGCAAGAUCGGAUCAUAGGCUGGAUCAUGCAAAUAUAAUUAUUUCAUCUGUUUUUUUUUUUUUUUUCCUUUCAAGUACUGGGACAGUCCUUAGUUUAGAUCUCUUAGUUUUGUUUGUACCUGUUUUCCACUGUGGUUAUGGUGAAAACAUCACUGAUUUGCCUUUCAAGUUUCAUGAAUAAAACAUUGCCAGUAUUUUCAGUAACUGUUCACUGUUCAACACAACACUGUUGCAAUUACAAGGUUGCAAAGAUGCCCAGAAGAGGAACAAUAAUGGCUUUAUGCCAUGAAAUGCCACCACUUCUAUAGCCAAGUCCCAACAGGCUGCAAAAUUUACAAGGCCCCAGAGGAGAUCAUUUUGCUGGGGUCUUACUUUUGGUCAGAUCCACCUCCCUUGGAGCUAUAGCAGCUUAAAGUAACAGAGAGGUUAUUCUCAUGCCUUCUUAUUAGUAUUAAACUAUUACUUAUAAGUUCCAGCCAAAGUCAGUAUAUCUUCUAUUUGAUGUGAUACAAAAGCAUAAGAAAUGUAGACCAUGCCCUAAAGGGAUUUCAGCUAGAAGAGAUAGCAGAAGGAUGGGUGGGAAGGGGAGCAAAAGCAUAGAAAGGUCGUUUGUCCAAGGUUGCAAAGGUCAGUGGCAGAGAAGAAAUAGAGAGCAGACCUCGUCGAUCCGAGGCCAGUGCCCUGUCUCUUGGUCCUUCCUGUAUUUGGAUCUUUUUUGUCUUGCAAAUAAAGCAGGAAUAGGGAAUAGUCUUACCUCCAUGCUAUUUUGAAACAGUCAUUUACAAUGCUUUUAAACAAUUAACAUAGUUGUUAGUAGCAUUUUUUUAGACUAGUACGCUUUUCUGGGGUCCAUUUUUUCACAUUGACAUUGUAAAACUUUUUAGAUGCUUUUAUCUUUGCAAGACCUCUCACAAUGUCUUGCACGUUGUUGAUUAAUUUUGAUAGUUAAAUCUGUGGUUCUCAUCCAUCUGAAUAAUUGUUAAAUGACAUAAAAUAGAAACCUAGAGAUUUAAAUGUCAGUCCUGAACACAGUUGUUUGGGUUUGCAAAGUAAUAAUUUGGUUUUCCUUUUUUUUUCUUCGUCCUCUUCUAAUUGAUUUGCAUGUGUGUGCAUACAUGUGUGUCUGUACGUGUUCCAUCCAGACAGAAAUGGUGUAAAAAAUUCUUGGUAUUUAUA